AUGACGGACGUUUUAAGCAACCGUAGUGUACUUUUAACCACCGUAGAGGUCUUCUCCAUCAUAAUUUUCAACUUUCUGUCGUUAACGGGGAACAUAAUGGUGUGCAUUGCAGUCUACAAGAACACACGACUACGCACAACCACCAAUCUGUAUAUCAUCGCACUUGCUGUAAGUGAUUUGAUGUCCGGUGUAUUUGUCAUGCCUUUUGCAGCGGGUGUGCUUAUCAAAGGGGAAUGGGUUUAUGGCCCAGUGAUCUGCGACUUUCAAGCGUACAUUGCUUUGUUUGUGGUGUACAUUUCACCCGUCACUAUGGGUUUAACAGCAUUUAACAGAUAUAUGAGGAUUUGUAAGUCGGAGCAGCAAUACAAGAGAAUCUUUUUACCGUGGAAGUCACGAGCAUUAUUGGCCUUUGCAUGGAUCCUCGUUGCUUGCUACAUCCCUGUUCCAAAGUUAACAGGUCUUCAAGACUAUGUGUUUGUCCCAGGAUAUGCCCUGUGCGCUCCGGCUCAUCUCAAUCAAACUGGAAAAAGAGUCCACUUCGCCAUUGUCCUCUGUUUUUUCCUUUUAACUCCUUUAUUGACUACAAUAUUCAGCUACAUAAAGGUUGCAAAGAUGAUCCGACAGCACAAUGCCGCUAUGUCAUCUACGAUUCACAGGGCUGCGACAGGCUCAAGCAUCAACGUGCAAGAGCUCAGGCUGAGUAAGGCACUAUUUGUGGUCGUGUUCGCGUUCAUGAUAUGCUGGAUCCCAUUUUGGGUUGUUGUUGUUUUAAGGGGCUUCAAUGUCGUCACGUCGAUGCCUCGGAACAUUAAACUCCUGUCCAAUUUCUGCAUAUAUUUAUCCCAUACAAUAAAUCCUUUCAUAUACGCAGGGAUGAAUCGCACUUUCAGAAGCGAAUUCCGAAAAAUGCUAUGC